GCGAGCGGUAGGCUUAACCUUAAACCGAUUACCAGACAGCAGAGAGGCAUCGCCUCUCACUCUCUCACCUCACUAACUGAUUAACUCUCAUCAUCUUACUCAGAGUCGAAUUUAAUGAUGCUAUCCUCUCCAAUCCUCUCUGAUAAUUACAUCCCACUACCUUAUCAGUUUAAUCUUACUCUUUCUUUGCUUCAACUUCUUUCUUUCUCUUUUCACACUCUGUGAUUUUAGCUGGUGUUUUGAUAACUCAGUGAUUUUUCUUCUUCUUCUUCUUCUUCUUCUUCUUCUUGAUCUCAAGUGUGUGAAACACAAGAAACACCAUUUUCUUUUUUCUGUUUUGUUUCUUAGAAAUUGGAGACUCGAUUGAGGAGCGAGCUUCAAUGGAAGGUGGGUCGAGCUCAGUGAAGCAGGAGAAGAACGGCGUUCCAAAGGGUCCGUCGAAGCCCAAGAUCGAACCCUUUGUACCGAGAACUGAUCACAACCCAAGGGAGCUGAAAUCAUGGGCCAAGAGAACUGGUUUCAACCUCAACAUCUCGGGAGAAACGACCGCCAGUGUCAGUGAGAAAGACCCAAAUGAGAAGAACGACAGUGCUGGAUUUGAUUUGGAGAAGGGUCUUAGUUGGAGAGGUGGUGGGUCUUCACCAAAAAUCGAGAUCGAUCCGAUCUUGGGUCGUACUAGGGAGAACAGGGGUGCUGAGAUCGAGCCGGUUUCUGCGCCUAGAAGUGUAUUGCGAAAGAAUGAAAGUGAUGCUGGUUCGAGUCUGAGGAAUGGACCAGGGGGAGCUGAAAUUGAGAAGAAGAGUAGUAUUGUUGACCCUCUUCUGGCGCCUAAGGAUGAUUACAGAAAAGCUGGUUUGAAUGGAAACGGGAGUGCACAUGUGAACGGUGAUGAAUCUUCGGCAGUUCCUCCGACUGCUGAACCCAAUAAAGAAAACAAGGUCGAAGAUGAAGUGGGAAUCGAUGUUUUUCCGGAGACUGAGGAACCUAGUCAUCGAGGGUGGCGUGGACCUUCUCGGAUGAAGUACAGUCUGAGAGAAAAUCCUGGUUUUGUGCCCCUUAUUUAUUACGGCUUGCAGCAUUAUUUAUCAUUGGCUGGUUCCCUUAUUUUCGUUCCCUUGGUCAUUGUACCAGCCAUGGGUGGAACUGAUAAGGAUACUGCCACUGUGAUUUCCACAAUGCUAUUGGUGUCUGGCAUUACAACAAUACUGCACUCCUACUUUGGUUCUAGACUCCCUUUGGUGCAAGGAAGUUCAUUUGUAUACUUAGCUCCAGCUUUAGUUAUUAUGAAUUCUCGAGAGUACCGAAACCUCACUGAAAAUAAAUUUAAACACAUAAUGAAAGAACUGCAAGGGGCCAUCAUUGUUGGUGCAAUUUUUCAGAGCAUCCUGGGAUACAGCGGUCUCAUGUCUCUUCUUCUGAGGUUGAUAAACCCAAUUGUUGUUGCACCAACCAUUGCUGCAGUAGGUUUAGCAUUUUUUAGCUAUGGGUUUCCUCAGGCUGGUAGUUGUGUGGAAAUCAGUAUUCCUCAAAUACUGUUACUGCUAAUUUUCACCCUGUACCUUCGAGGAGUUUCCAUAUUUGGGCAUCGGAUAUUCCGAGUAUAUGCGGUAGUCUUUUUUUCACCUUUCAAACCUUCAUUCUUUAUACUAAACACCAUUUUCUUUUUUCUGUUUUGUUUCUUAGAAAUUGGAGACUCGAUUGAGGAGCGAGCUUCAAUGGAAGGUGGGUCGAGCUCAGUGAAGCAGGAGAAGAACGGCGUUCCAAAGGGUCCGUCGAAGCCCAAGAUCGAACCCUUUGUACCGAGAACUGAUCACAACCCAAGGGAGCUGAAAUCAUGGGCCAAGAGAACUGGUUUCAACCUCAACAUCUCGGGAGAAACGACCGCCAGUGUCAGUGAGAAAGACCCAAAUGAGAAGAACGACAGUGCUGGAUUUGAUUUGGAGAAGGGUCUUAGUUGGAGAGGUGGUGGGUCUUCACCAAAAAUCGAGAUCGAUCCGAUCUUGGGUCGUACUAGGGAGAACAGGGGUGCUGAGAUCGAGCCGGUUUCUGCGCCUAGAAGUGUAUUGCGAAAGAAUGAAAGUGAUGCUGGUUCGAGUCUGAGGAAUGGACCAGGGGGAGCUGAAAUUGAGAAGAAGAGUAGUAUUGUUGACCCUCUUCUGGCGCCUAAGGAUGAUUACAGAAAAGCUGGUUUGAAUGGAAACGGGAGUGCACAUGUGAACGGUGAUGAAUCUUCGGCAGUUCCUCCGACUGCUGAACCCAAUAAAGAAAACAAGGUCGAAGAUGAAGUGGGAAUCGAUGUUUUUCCGGAGACUGAGGAACCUAGUCAUCGAGGGUGGCGUGGACCUUCUCGGAUGAAGUACAGUCUGAGAGAAAAUCCUGGUUUUGUGCCCCUUAUUUAUUACGGCUUGCAGCAUUAUUUAUCAUUGGCUGGUUCCCUUAUUUUCGUUCCCUUGGUCAUUGUACCAGCCAUGGGUGGAACUGAUAAGGAUACUGCCACUGUGAUUUCCACAAUGCUAUUGGUGUCUGGCAUUACAACAAUACUGCACUCCUACUUUGGUUCUAGACUCCCUUUGGUGCAAGGAAGUUCAUUUGUAUACUUAGCUCCAGCUUUAGUUAUUAUGAAUUCUCGAGAGUACCGAAACCUCACUGAAAAUAAAUUUAAACACAUAAUGAAAGAACUGCAAGGGGCCAUCAUUGUUGGUGCAAUUUUUCAGAGCAUCCUGGGAUACAGCGGUCUCAUGUCUCUUCUUCUGAGGUUGAUAAACCCAAUUGUUGUUGCACCAACCAUUGCUGCAGUAGGUUUAGCAUUUUUUAGCUAUGGGUUUCCUCAGGCUGGUAGUUGUGUGGAAAUCAGUAUUCCUCAAAUACUGUUACUGCUAAUUUUCACCCUGUACCUUCGAGGAGUUUCCAUAUUUGGGCAUCGGAUAUUCCGAGUAUAUGCGGUUCCCCUUAGUGUAACAAUCGUAUGGGCAUAUGCAUUCUUUUUGACAGCUGGUGGAGCAUAUGACUACAGAGGCUGCAAUCCUAACAUACCCAGUUCAAAUAUCCUAUCUGAUGCAUGCAGAAAACAUGCAUUUACCAUGAAGCAUUGUCGAACAGAUGCUUCCAAUGCAUGGAGAACUGCUGAUUGGGUUAGAGUACCCUACCCUUUCCAGUGGGGUAUCCCUACAUUCCACUUGAAGACUUCCAUUAUUAUGAUCAUUGUGUCAUUGGUUGCAUCAGUGGAUUCGGUUGGAACAUAUCAUUCUGCAUCUUUGCUAGUUAAUUCAAGGCCCCCAACACCAGGAGUUGUUAGCAGAGGAAUUGGAAUGGAAGGUUUCUGUAGUAUACUAGCUGGAUUAUGGGGUACAGGUUCUGGGUCAACAACCUUGACUGAAAAUGCACAUACCAUUGACAUAACAAAAGUAGCAAACCGAAGGGCUGUGGAACUUGGAGCAGUAAUGUUAAUUCUUUUCUCCUUUAUGGGAAAAGUGGGCGCCCUUCUUGCUUCAAUACCCCAAGCCUUGGCCGUUUCUGUAUUGUGUUUCAUCUGGGCUCUGAUUGUAGCACUUGGUCUAUCAACUUUGCAGUAUGGUCAAACAGCAAGUUUUAGAAAUAUAACAAUAGUUGGUGUUUCCUUGUUCUUCUCUUUGUCGAUACCUGCAUAUUUUCAACAGUAUCAGCCUGAUUCCAGCUUCAUCUUGCCAAGUUACUUUAUUCCUUAUGCAGCAGCAUCAAACGGACCAGUCCACACUGGCAGCAAAGAUCUUGAUUUCGCAAUAAAUGCUCUUCUGUCACUAAACAUGGUGGUAGCGUUUUUGGUGGCAUUUAUUCUGGACAAUACAGUUCCUGGCACCAGACAAGAACGGGGCGUGUACAUAUGGUCAAGUGCUGAAGAUAUGGUGAAUGAUCCAUCCCUUGCUACAGAUUAUUCAUUACCAAGAAAAGUUGCUCGGUUUUUCCAUUGGGCAAAAUGUGUUGGUGCGUGAAAGGAUGUCUGAGAUUUUCUUUUUCUUUUUUUAUCUUUUUUUUUUGCGAAAUUGCUGAUUUGCUAUUCUACAUUGCUUGUGUUGUACCAAAUAAGAAGAGGGGGGAUAUUAAGUAACCCAUGUAUAAUAGAAAAGGGACAUGACCAAUAUUCUUUUGAAGAUUAUACUGAAUUAAUUUCCUUGUAUAGAGAAGAUUUCUAAGUCAAGCUGGAACUUACUUCAAAAAGAAUACCGCUCAGAGUUUCAAACAUAGGGUUGACAUUAUUCCUAUGACAACCUUCUCUCCAUCCAUACAACUACAGAACCUUGUUCCAAUAUUCUGUAAUACUGAAAUUCUCCCAACAGUUGGAACUGGAUUUUACAUGA